CAUCUCCUGUCAUGGUGAACGAGAGGCACAAUGGCAACCUGCUUGUGCAGCUGGGCCCCAGACUGCAGGCCUGCCCGCAGGAGCUGCUGCGGCAGCGGCGGGGCCACGACGGGCAGCCCGAGUACCUGGUCCAGUGGAGCGUGGUCAGCUCGGAGCAGAGAGCAGCGGAAGGAGGCAGCAGCUCCUCCGCAGAGAGCAAGCCAGAGAAGAUCUCGCUGUGGAUGUCUGCAGAAGAGGUCUGUGCCAGCUGCCCGGCCUUGCUGGGCAAGAAGAAGCCGGCAGGGCCGUGGGUGAAAGAGGAGGAGGCGGCCGGCCCCUCGGCCGCAGACGUGCCCCCGGACGAGGAGUGGCUGCAGGAGAUGAAGGCUGAUGUCAGGAGCCUGGUGCGGAGAGCCGGCCGGCAGAUGGCCGAGGCCGGGGCCCCCGAGGCCUCCGUCCUCAACACCGUCCACGUGCUGAGCGCCUACGCCGGCAUCGGCUCGCUGGCAGACGCCUUCAGGGAGGCAGGAGCCCUGGAGCUGCUGCUGAAGAUGCUGUGCCACCAGGAGCAGGAGAUCCGCCACAGCGCCGGCAAGAUGCUGAGGGCCCUGGCUUCGCACGACGCAGGGAGCUGGGCCUAUGUCCUGCUCUCCCUGAGCCAGCAGGAUGGCAUUGAGCAGCACAUGGACUUUGAGAGUCGGUACACCUUGCUGGAGCUGUUUGCUGAGACCACCUCCUCUGAGGAGCACUGCAUGUCCUUUGAGGGGAUUCACCUUCCCCAGAUCCCUGGCAAGCUGCUGUUUGUCCUGGUGAAGCGCUACCUGCGCGUCACCUCUCUGUUGGAGAAGCUCGGCAGCGACACGGAGCAGGGCGGGGAGCAGCGGGACUGCGCCGUGCCGGGCGCGGUGCCGGCGGAGAGCAGCCGAGCGAAGCGGGAGUUCGAGUUCAGCACGGCCAUGGGCAACCUGCUGCUGGAGCUGGCGCACGUGAUGGGCUGGGACGAGGGCCGGCCGGCGGAGCCCCCGGCCCGGCGGGAGCCGCUGGAGCCCCCCGGCGCGCGCUCCAUUUUCCAGCGCGGGGCCGCGUCCCGCGGCGCCGCUCCGGCGGCCGCCGGCGCCCCGCCGCGCGUGCCCGGCGCCCCGCGGCCGCGCUCGGCCUUCCCGGGCCGCGGCGGCUGCGCCGAGCACGUGCGCGCGAGGCUGGCGCGCGGCGCGCGGGUGCGCCUGCUGCAGGACUUGGAGCAGCUGCGCGCGGGCGACGAGGGCCAGUUGCGUCAGAGCGGCGAGAGCGCGCCGCACGUGCAGGUGUACUGGCACGGCCUGGGCCGUACCUCCUGGGUGCACCGGCACAUGCUGGAGAUCGUCGGCCCUGCGGAGCAGGAGGGGCCGGAGGGGCCGGAGAAGCUGUCCGCUGUGACGUGCGGCCGCAGGGCAGCAGCAGUGAGGAUGGUUGUCCCCAUCUCUGCGGCUUCUGGGGUCUCCUGCCAGCAUGUUCCCCUUUCUUGGCGCCCUGCUGUCAGCUGCUGUCCCCACAGCAGGCUGUGGGGCAGAGGGCACCUGUUGUGCCCAGCUGGUCUGCAGGAGCUGUCUCCCUGGGGAAGGUGGGGAGUGCAGCAGAGGGUGGGGAAAGGGCAGAGCUGGCAGUGCCCUUCCUUGCUCUGCUCCCCUGCAGCUGCCCGGCCGUUGUUCUGCAAGCCCUCUGGGGGGCUGCACUCCCUGCCUUACCUGAGGGAGCAGCCCAGCAAGGCUGCCGAGGCGCUGAGCCGUGCGGAGUGGUGGGAGCUGCUCUUCUUUGUGAAGAAGCUGGAAGCAGAGGAGCAGAAAGAGAUCAUCUGCCUCAUCCAGCAGCAGCAGGGAGAGCAGCUGUUGGAGGUGGAUGAAGAAGCUCUGCUGCAGCUGUCAGUGCCUGCAGAGCUGGCCCAGAAGGUGCUGCAGGAAGUGGAGAAGCGGUGCCAGGGCAGCACUCGGUGUGACCUGCGUAGCUCCCACGUCUACAGCAAAUACUUCCUCGGCAGUGGGGCUGAGCAGGCCGGCGCGGGGGGCACCUCGAUGUCCUGGGAAGGUGGUGGCUCUGGGAGCCUUGUGCCUGAAGCCAGGGCGGCCAAGGCAGCAGAGAGCCUCUGUGCAGCAAAGGAGAACCUUUCUGCAGGCACGGCGCCGCCGCGAGCCCCUGCUGCAGCAACCAAGGGGGAUGCCCAGCUGUUCAGCGAGCUCCUGGAGAGGGAAGGGCUGCUCUCGCCAGAGGUGACCGAGGAGCAGAGCAGAGCGCUGGGCAGCUGCAGCGGGGCGAGUGCCAGGGCCGCGCUGGCCCAGGUGGCAGCCAUGGUGGAGGUGCUGGAGAGCAGCAGGCCGGAGAUGGGGCUGUGCUUGGCUGGGCUCAAGCACAUCCUGAAGUUUCUGGAGGAGGAGCCUGAGCAGCAAGCGGGCCAAGUCCAGGAUGGGCCGGAGAGCAGGAGUGUGGGGGAGCGGCUGGUGAAGGCGGCGGUGGAGCUGCUGAGCGGCGAGGCGGCGGAGAAGGCCCCGGCGGUGGCGACGCUGCGGCUGCUGGCCCUGCUGCUGGCCGGGCACGACUGGAGGGUGGCGUUUGCCACGGAGGGCGGCGUGCGAGCCGUGCUGGCCUGCAUGCGGCGGCACGGCUCCUCCGCCCUGGUGCAGCAGGCGGGCCUGGCGGCCCUGAAGGUGCUGGUGGGAGCCGAGGCUGUGAGCCCCGGAGCGGCUGGCGGGAAGGCCUCUGCCCUGAGCCACGCCGACGCCCAGGUGAUGCGGGAGGUCUUUGCCAGCAUCGGCUCCGCCUGCGGCGAGAGCUCGGCCAGCCUGCUGAGCGCCAUCCCUGCUGCCAUCAGCACCAUGCAGAGGGUGCCAGGGGGCUCCUCGGGGGUGCGCAACGGCUUGGCGGUGGUGAAGAUGCUGCUGGAGAAGCACCGGGGCCUGGCGGAGCAGCUGGUGAGCUGCGACCUCCCCAGGGUGCUGCAGAGCUGCUGGGGGCAGGGGCAGAGCAGCGACUGCCCCCAGGCAGCGCUGGCCCUCAGCGUGGUCAACAGCCUGGCGGAGCACCGGCUGCCCCUGGGCAGGGCAGGCAGAGAGGCCCCGCUGGAGCUGGGGGACGUGCGGAUGCUGCUGGGGGACCCGGGGGCCGGCGUCCUGUCGAAGGAGGUGGUGGUGGCCCUGGAGCGGCAGCUGAGCGCCGCCCUCCCCUCCGGCCAGGAGUCGCCGCUGCUGCAGGACCGCAGAAGCUUCAGGCUGCUGCUGCGCAGCCUUGAGCUGCUGGGAGCAGAGAAGGCUGUGAGCCUGAGUGUCCUCAGGAUCCUGAAGAAGCUGCUGGCCGGUUACCAGGAGGACGCGCUGCCGUGGCACGAGUGUGUGGAGCCCUGUUUGUCCUCCCUGAGUGCCCACAGCGGUGACCAGGAGGUGCUGCAGGAGGCGGUUGGCUUCCUGCACGGCCUGGCCAGCGCCAGCAAGGACUGCGCGGUGGUGAUGUGCGGCGUGGGCACCCAGCCGGCCCUGAGCCAAGCCCUGGCCAAGCACGGCUCGGUGCCGGCGCUGGCGCCGGCCCUGCUGGCCCUGCUGGCCGCCUGCGAGCGGCAGGCCGCGCUGUGCCGGCGGCUGACCGCCGGCAUCCUGAGCGGCUGCAUGCAGCUGGUGCUGGGGCAGAUUGAGGAGCACCGCCGGAGCCGGCAGCCCCUGGGCAUCCCCUUCCUCGACGUCUUUCUGCGCCGCCUGUGCCGAGGCUCCAGCGUGGAGGUGAAGGAGGAGAAGUGCUGGGAGAAGGUGGAGGUCUCCUCCAACCCUCACCGCGCCGGCAAGCUGACGGACAGGAACCCCAAGACCUACUGGGAGUCCAACGGCAGCGCCGGCAGCCACUUCAUCACCGUCCACAUGCAGCGGGGGGUGGUGAUCAGGGAGAUGAGCAUGCUGGUGGCCAGCGAGGACUCCAGCUACAUGCCCGCUCGAGUGGUGGUGCUGGGGGGAGACAGCCCUGCCAGCAUCAGAACCGAGCUCAACUCGGUGACCGUCCUGCCCUCGGCCAGCAGAGUGACCCUGCUGCAGAACAUGACCCAGUUCUGGCCUGUCAUCCAGGUGCAGGUGAAGCGGUGCCAGCAGGGUGGCAUUGACACUCGCGUGCGUGGCAUCGAGGUGCUGGGGCCCAAGCCCACCCUCUGGCCCGUCUUCAGGGAGCAGCUGUGCCGCCGGACGUUCCUCUGCUGCAGCGCGCUGGCUCGUGCCUGGUGCCAGGAGAUCAGCCGGGACCGGGGCCGGCUGCUGCAGCUCUCCGGCAAGCUGAACCGAGCGCUGCAGCACGAGCAGGGCUUUGCUGAGCGCUUCCUUCCUGACGCUGAGGUGGCCCAGGCCUUGGGCAGGACGUGCUGGGAGGCCCUGGUGACCCCCUUGGUGCAGAGCAUCACCAGCCCAGAGCCCAAUGGCAGCAGCCCCCUGGCCUGGCUGCUGAGCGAGUACCUGGAGAGCCAGGAGUGGCCCCAGCCUGCCCCCAGCGGCGGUGCCCCCAGCGGCGGUGCCCCCAGCCGCGGUGCCGCCUUCGGGCCCCGCGUGCGGCGCCUGACCCAGCUCCUGGUGCACGUGGACCCAGACUGCCCAGAGCCGGAGCAGGCCAAAGCAGCUGGUGGGAAGGAAGGAAAGGACAAGGAGGUGGCUGCCAAGGCGGCAGUGAAGAGGUCAGGCAGCCUGUGGGGCAUCUCCCAGUGCUGGCAGGGCGUGGUGCAGCAGCAGGUGCAGCGGUUCCUGGAGCUGGCAGGGCAGGCGCCAGACCUGGUGGAGCGCUACUGCCAGCUGUACCAGCGCCUGCGCCGUGCCACGGAGGAGCUCUUUGGGCAGCAGGGCUCCUUCCUGCUGGCCCUGGGCCAGGGCUUUGCAGGGGCUUUGGUGCAGCUGCCCUUCCGUGCUGCCCUGCACGUCAGUGAGCAGUUUGCCUGCUACCUGGAUGGGCAAGUCCAGGAGCUGUGCGGGGCUGCCGGCAGCGUGGGGCCACUGCAGCAGAUCCUGGAGCCCUUCGUGGCUGUCAGCGGCCUGGAGCUCGCCCACACCUUUGAGCACUUCUACCGGCACUACCUGGGGGACCGACUCCUGGCACAAGAGCCCUCGUGGCUGGAAGCAGCCAUCGUGGAGCAGCUUGGGCUGUGCUUCCCCAGCCGCUUCCCCCAGCAGAUGCUGAGCAACUUGGCCCAGUCGGAGGAGCUGCAUCAGCAGUUUCGCCUCUUCCAGCUGCAGGAGCAGGACAGGCAGCUGCUGGAGCUGGCCUCGGGCCCGGAGGAGGUGAGCCUGCUGGGGGGAGCCGGGGGCCGCUGGGCCGCCCGGCAGCGGCCCCGGGGCCCGUCCUGAGCCCCCCGGUCUCCGUGUGCCCAGGGCCCGGGGCCGGCCUCGCCGGCAGCUGUGCCAGAGGUGAAGGUGCUGACUCUGUCGCCGCGCUGCUGGCCCGUGGCCCCCCUCUGCUACAUGGACGACCCAGGGAGGUUCUUCUCGGCGGCGCUGAGCUCCCCCCUGGAGCAGUUUGCCUCCUUCUGCAGGCGCAGCCAGGCCUGGCUGGGCUGGGAGUGCACCAAGCCCCGGCGGCUGCAGUGGACGUGGCUGGGCCACGCCGAAGUGCGGUUCGGAGCCUGCCUGCUCCGGGUGUCCACGCUGCAGAUGUACAUCCUGCUGUGCUUCAACGGUGCCCAGGAGGUGGCUGUGGAGAGCCUGCUGCAGGCCACGGGGCUCCCUGCUGACCUGCUGCACCAUGCCCUGGCACCGCUGACCCGCAGCGAGGGCAUCCUGGUGGGCAGCUGCACGCCAGGAGCUCCAGGUGUGCUGCGGCUGAACCCAGAGGCCCUGGCCCAUGCCUCUGGCCCCCACCUGAGGCUGCUGCCCCAGCAGAGGUACCUGAGGUCAGAGGGGGCUGAUCCCAGCGUCCUGGAAAGGAAGAGGAACGUCCUCUGCUGCCUCAUCACUCGCAUCCUCAAGGUGGAGAAGCAGCUCCACAUCGACAACCUGGUGUUCAGGGUGACCGCUGCCUGUCAGAAGGGGGAGCUGGGGCCGGGGCUGCAGUUCCUGAGCUUCUGCUGCCACAGUGUGGAUGUGCUGUCCUGUAUCCUGCACCUGCUGAAGCAGGGCUACAUCCGGCGCCAGGAGGAGAGGCCUCACGUCUUGGAGUACAUCUCUGCAGAGCCUACAGCCCCUUUUGGGGGCCAGGCACAGAUGGUUUUCCAGAGUGGGCCCCCAGAGGCGUCUCCGGAGGAGGACAGCGGAGGCUCCCCGUGCUGGUUGAGCCCUGGCAUGAGCAGGUUGGAGGAGUUUCUCCUGGCAACGCUGCAGGUGCCAAUGGGGCAGACACUGAGUCCCGAGGAGGCCAAGCUGCUCAUGAACCAGACGGUACAGCAGGUCCAGGAUACUCUCAGCAUCUCGGGGGAUGUUGCUUGGCACCUCCUCAUGCACUGCAGGUGGAAUGUGGAUUUUCUGAUCCAGUGCUAUGUUGAGAACUCUGAGACCCUGCUCAUCUCCUCGGGGCUGCAAGUGCUGGAUUCCCAACCCCCUCCCAGCCCAGGAACCCCCUGCCCGGUCUGUGUGACCCAGCUGUGUCCCACCGAGAAGCCACCAACCCUCUGCUGCAUGCACUACUGCUGCAAGCCCUGUUGGAAUGAGUAUCUCACCACUCGGAUUGAGCAGAACAUGGUUGUCAGCUGCACCUGUCCCAUAUCUGAGUGCCAUGCACAGCCAACUGCAGCCUUCAUUUAUUCCAUUGUUUCUUCUGAGGAGAUUAUCGCCAAGUAUGAAAAAGCUCUCCUCAGAGGUUAUGUGGAGUGCUGCUCCAACCUAACAUGGUGCACCAACCCUCAGGGUUGUGAUCAGAUCCUUCUUAAGGAUGGGCUUGGCUAUGGAGCAGCCUGUUCCAAGUGCUCCUGGAUAUCCUGCUUCAGCUGCAAUUUCCCAGAGGCCCAUUAUCCUGCCAGCUGCAGCCACAUGUCUCAGUGGGUGGAUGAUGAUGGGUACUAUGAAGGAAUGACAAGUGAAGCCCAAAGCAAACAUCUGGCUAAGCUCAUUUCAAAGCACUGCCCAAGCUGCCAAGCUCAGAUAGAGAAAAAUGAGGGGUGCCUGCAUAUGACCUGUGCCAAGUGCAACCAUGGCUUCUGUUGGCGCUGCCUCAAGCCCUGGAGCCCCACUCAUAAGGAUUAUUACAACUGCUCUGCUAUGGUGAGUAAAGCAGCUUGGCAGAAGCAGCGUUUUCAGGAUUACAAUGAGAGAUGCACCUUUCAUCAUCACGCAAGGGAGUUUGCUGUGAAUCUGAGGAGCAGACUCUCUUCCAUCCAUGAGGUGGCCAAAAUGAGAACUCUGAGCUUUGUUCUGGAUGCCUGCAAAGUACUGGAGCAGGCACGGAAGGUUCUGGCCUACUCCUGUGUGUACAGCUACUAUAACCAGGACAUUGACAGCAUAGAUGUUGUGGAACAGCAGACUGAGAGCCUGGAGCUGCACACUAAUGCUCUACAAAUCCUUCUGGAGGAAGCCUUGCUGAAGUACCAGGACCUGGCCUCUUCUCUUCGUCUCAUGAAAGCAGAGCACUUCAGUGCUGGGCUGGAGCUGGUGCACCAGAUCAAGGAGCGUCUCUUUGCCAUUCUGUGGCACUCCACACAGGAUUUCCACGUUGGACUCCAGACUUUGGCAGAUGCCAGCCAGAGAAAGGUGGAACUCCCAAAUGUGCCUGCUUCAGCCACUGACUCUGCAGGGCCAAAAUGUACCAUCCUGUGGGACUCCCCCAACACAAAUGAAGGUGACCAAGAGGCUGAAGAUGAGUAUGAGCUGCAGUGGCAAGAAGACUAUGAUGAUGAUGGUGACGAUGAUGAUGACAGCGACGACGACGAUGACCUUGAUGAAGACAACUUUCUGUUUGAUGCUGAGUCAGAAAACCUGGAGUGUGACUCCUACUUUGAUGAGGAAGAUGCCUAUGACUAGAAGUGGGCUGUCACCCGGCCUGCCAGCCUGGACCUCUGCCUCUGCUCUGCCUUGACCAGUUUGUGUUGGCAUCUUCCCUCAAAGACAGUGAGUAGCUCUCAGGCAGAGCAAAGAGACCUUUCUUCUGGGGGCUACCUGUGCAGUGACUCACCUUUAAUGUACAGAAACUUUGCUCUGGACUGAUGGGCUGCAUUACUGUGGCCACCUCUCAGGAAGACAUCUCCUUGCCUUUCUCCUUUCUCUCCACUGCUGCCCAUAGCUCUCUCACCGAGUUGGAAGGUCACAGCUGAGCUGCAAAGCGAGCACUGCUUGCCACCUGUUAAAGAACUGUUCAGUAUCCUUGGGCAUGCUGUCCCCAAGGGGUGGGCACAAGCAAAGAGGGCACUGCCUCAUCCAGCCAGUGUUUAGAGGUGUUGUGAAGUGAUGAGUUUACCCUCAGGUCAAAGCUGGUGGGGUGCCACAGCUGGAUGUUGCUGCAGUGCAUUCCUCUAGUUGACAGGGACAGCUUCUGCUGCUGCUUGUUGGAGUUGUUGCCUUCUCUGCUGUGAAGCAGGAUGGGCUGCUAUGAACAGCACAGGCUUGCAGGACUCUUUUGAAGUGCAUAACUGACCCCACAGGCACAUCUGUGAGGUACAUCUGUAGUUACACGCCUGCAGAGGUCGUUCAGAUCAUCCUUCCUCUUUGCAAAGGAAAAACAGCAACCCUGAGGAGCAAGGGUUGAAAAAGGUUCUGUU